AGCACAAAGCGUCCCAAAGGACCGAACUGUAAAUUCUUAAAAUCACGUGCGUUCUUCAGUGUUAGUUCUCCACCCUCUCCUUGGCGGAAAACCCUAACCCCCUUUCUCGGCGACGAUCCGACCCCUACCCCAUCUCCCGGCCGACCCCACGGCGCUCUCCGCCAUGCCGGACGUGCAACCUCUCGUCAGCGACUUCGUCCUCAAGCUCAAGCGCCGGAAGGUGGAGGGGUCGCACGCGGUGGCCCGGCAGACGGCGGAGCUGCUACGGUCGGUUGUGUCGCAGCAUCGGAUGGGUAGCAGCGCCAACCAGGCGGCCACACUUGCCGAUGCCGUACGGGCUGUGGGGGAGCAGCUCAUUGCCGCCAAUCCCAUUGAGCUUGCUGUUGGAAACAUUGUGAGACGUGUUUUGCAUAUAAUAAAGGAGGAAGAUAUAUCUUCCACAGCAGUUGGUAUCGAAGGUCUUUCUGUUACUGUUGACAGUGAUGAUGAAUAUGACAGCGAACAUGAUGAUCGCCCUGCAUUAUCUGCUGCUGUUCUUGCUGCACAUGCUAGAAAUGCCCUUCGUGCACCUUCAUUGCAGACUCUGCUAGAAGACAUUCCUGUGAGUCCUGCAAUUUCCCGCACUGCAUCAUCAACUGGUGACUCAGACGGAAAAAGUAAAUCUGGAGAUAAGAGCUCAACUAGAAAACUGAAGCAUGAUGUCAUCGCAGCCAUUGGUGAUCUUAUUGAUGAGAUUGACUCAUGCUAUGAGCCGAUUUCUGAGCAAGCUGUGGAACUUAUUCACCAAAAUGAGGUAAUCCUAACUCUAGGUCGUUCUAGAACCGUCAAGGAGUUCCUGUAUGCCGCGAAAGAAAAGAAACGAUCUUUUCGUGUAUUUGUUGCUGAAGGUGCUCCAAGAUAUCAGGGCCAUGUUCUCGCAAAAGAGCUGGUUGAGAAAGGUGUACAAACUACAGUUAUAACAGAUUCAGCAGUUUUUGCUAUGAUAUCUCGAGUUAACAUGGUCAUCGUUGGAGCGCAUGCUAUCAUGGCAAAUGGUGGAGUCAUUGCACCAGUAGGGAUGAACAUGGUUGCACUUGCUGCUCAAAGGCAUGCUGUGCCUUUUGUUGUGGUUGCUGGUAGUCACAAGCUGUGUCCGUUGUAUCCACACAAUCCAGAAGUGUUGUUGAAUGAACUCAAAUCGCCGUCUGAUUUGCUCGAUUUUGGCGAGUUCUCAGAUUGCAUGAAUUUCAGUACUCAGGAUGGCAGCCCCUUGUUAAAUGUUGUCAACCCAACAUUUGACUAUGUGCCACCGAAGCUUGUGAGCCUAUUCAUCACUGACACUGGGGGACACAGUCCAUCUUAUAUGUAUCGGCUUAUUGCUGAGUAUUACUCAGCUGAUGACCUGGUAGUGAGACGGAAGGCAACAUCUUGAAGGAAGACAAAAGCGCUGCGAAGUCUCCUUGGUGUUCUGAUCAUAGGAUUUGCGAUCUUAUUGGAAUCCUAGUGUUCUUGUACUCGUCAUGAUCUGUUGCCUGUAGAGCGGUGCUGCUGUGAUAAGUGGAAUCACCUGUUUGUGGAUCCAGUUACUGUCAAACUGCAGGAAAUCGAUGCAAGCAUUCUCGCGCAUCGUUGUAACCAUGGCGGCAUUUUAAGUAUAAACUGUUGAGGAAUGGAGCGUUACGUCAUGGAAGAAUUGUUUCACUAUAGGAGAGGUUCAAAUAUAUGAUUGACUGGUUGUGUAGAGGGUGUCUGUUUCUUUUCUGGUCAUAGGUUAAUCUGGGCCUUGGCUGGUCCAAAUUUUGAAUGUUAUAAACUCCAGCAAGCUGUUCGAUAUGUCUAUGAAGUGUUACCAUGCACACUGAUGGGUAUUUGCUGAGCCAUUUUGUUUUCUAUAUCUAUCGUAUAUAUAUGAUAGUGCUCAUUUCAUGCU